AUGAACGGCCGUGUUGGUAACGCCGAAAUGCUUGAACAAAAAAUAUCCAUCAUUUUGCCAGCCGAUUCACCUUUGACUCGACUCAUCAUUCAAGACGUACACCAAAAACAAGUAUUACACGGUGGAGUGCAAUUGACUUUGCGUGCUUUACGCGACCGCUUCUGGAUAAUACACGCACGCAACCAGACGAAAAAACUCAUCAACAAAUGCAUGGUAUGUUAUCGCACGAAGAAGAAAUUGCUCACACAGCAAAUGGCCGAAUUGCCAUCAUUCAGAACACAACAAGCCCGACCAUUCACAUUCGUGGGCACCGACUACGCUGGAUAUUUUGAGAUUAAAACUAGUGAACGUCGCAAUGCUCCCAUCGCAAAAGGAUACGUUGUUUUGUUUAUCUGCUUAACAACGAAAGCCAUUCACCUCGAGCUUGCCUGUGAUCUUUCAUCGGCCGAAUUCAUCAUGGCUUUGGAAAAUUUCAUUGCACGUCGUGGAAUUCCAACUGAAUUGUGGGCUGAUAACGCUACUAAUUACACCGGCGCUGAAAAGGAAAUUCGUAUUUUGCAUGAUCAAAUGUUGUCCCAAACGAACGAAUUAACUCGACUGCUUUCGAACAACCGCAUCACCGUCAAACAUACGCCGGCACGAGCUAGUCAUAUGGCUGGCAUUUGGGAAAGGGCAGUUGGAAUGAUGAAAUAUCAUUUGAAGCGCGUCAUGAAAGACACAAAGUUGACCGCCAGAAGAUUCGAUCACGUUUUAAAGCAAAUCGAAUGUUGUCUUAAUUCCAGACCGUUGUGGUCGGUUUCACCGAAUAGCGAUGAUUGCGAAGUAAUCACGCCAUCUCAUUUCUUCAAUUUUCAAGCCAUAAAUUCGUUGCCAAGACCCGAUCUUUCUCACAUACCCAUGAAAAGAUUGGAUCAAUAUCAAUAUCUGCAUCGUCUCUACUCGGACUUUUGGAAGGGUUGGUCUAAGGAAUAUCUCGAUCAACUACAAGCAAGGCAAAAAUGGGCUAAAGAAGAGCCCAACGUUCGAAUCGGACAAAUUGUUGUCAUUUCCGACGACAAUGUACCACCCAGCCGGUGGCCAAUUGGUAAGAUAACUGCAGUAUAUCCAGCAAAAAAUGGAUUGAUUCGCAUUGUGGACGUUCUAUGUCAUGGAUCUGUUCUAAAGAGGCCGAUACAUCGUUUGGGAGUACUUCCAAUCUUGGACAAUUCGACUGAAUUGAAUCGCCCAGUUCCUGACCGCUUCAAUGAGGGGGAGAAUGUUGUGGAUUUAUUGAAUUAG